AAAAAAUAAAAAUAAUUAUUAAUUAUUAAAUAAGUUAAUAAACAUUUUUCUGAAUUUUGAUUUUAAUUUUAUGGACAGUAUGGAUACUGUGAUGCUCACCAUGUGGAACCAAUUUGUGAACAAUGAAUGUACUCAAAUUUUGAAUAUUAUGAAUAGAAAACCAAUCAUAAUUGGAUGUCGACUUAAAGUUAGCUCAUAUAAUGGUAUCUCGCUUUCAACCAAAUCCUCCAGUUCAUUUGUUAUUGAACCGGAGAUACCACAAGCAGCUGCUUUAUCAAUUUGGUAUAAUGCUAAUGCUGAAAAAGCCAUGGACAUAAUAUGUGGAAGGAUUGGUCUUGAGACAAAGUCACUUGGCCGUUGGCUGUGA